GAGCCAGACAAGUCGACUGCAGGGAAGCCUUUUCUUUCUGCGAGCCUCAAGUGCUUGCAGGCGCUGCAAGAUUAGCGGGUUAAUCAGUCAAAGGCGCCACUCCACAGGACAAAGCGAAAUCAUAUCGGGGCCAAGAAUACACGCUAGUCAGGAUCAUAAAUCGCUCCGGUGAUAACGAUAGCCAGCGAUCUUCGAGUGCUUGGGGUUCAGAGAUUGCAGAUUGCAGAUUGGAUGGGGGACCUAUAAAAGGCGCUGACCGAAUUGGCAGUGGCACAAACUCAACAGAGAGCUCCAAAAUGAGACAAUUCGUGGUCCUAUUCGCACUGGCUGUGGUGGCUUCGGUGGCCUCGGCCAACCUGAUACCCCAGCCGGGAUUCCCCGAGGGUCGCGUCAUCAACGGCCAGGAGGCGGAGAGGGGAGAGGCGCCCUACAUCGUAUCCUUGCAGACCACCAGCGGAUCGCACUUCUGUGGCGGCAGUUUGAUCAAUGAUCACACCGUGCUGACCGCCGCCCAUUGUCUGACCAACAGCCAAGGACGGGUCGUUGCUGGUAUCCACGGUCGCCUCGACCAGGAGGGUGUCCAGACCAGGUCGUUCACCAAUGCCCAGUACCGUGUCCACGAGGAUUACAGCGGCGGCGUGGGACCCAAUGACAUUGGUCUGAUCCUGCUCAGCGAACCCUUCGAUCUGACUGCCGUCGCCCGGGAUGGCAGCAAUCCGGUGGGUGUGGUGUCUCUGCCCUCCAAAACAUUCACGGGCACCGGCACUGGAUUCCUCUACGGACUCGGACGCGACAACACUGGAUCGCUCGCCACCAAUCUUCAGAAACUGGAAACCAAAAUCAUUGACUACGAGGCAUGCAAGGAGGCAUUGCCCUCCAACGCACCGCUGGCGACCACCAAUGUGUGCUCCUAUACCGCCAACAAAGCCGAUGGAGCUUGCAACGGAGACAGUGGCGGUCCAUUGGUCAUGAAGUCUGAUAUAAUCACCUUCCUGAUUGGCAUCGUCUCCUGGGGAUACACACCCUGCAUGACGACCACCAAUCCUUCGGUCUACACAGACGUGGCUGCGUUCACGGAUUGGAUCGAAAAGAAUCAGGAAUAGAAAUAGGCAAUAACCGAAAACUGUAUAUAAUCACCUAAUAAACGAACAUUCUGUACUCAGACAA